AUGUCUUGCUACAGUGAGUCCUGCAGACCCUGUGGGGUGACCUGCCCUCAACCAAUUGCCAAGAGCUACAAUGAGCCAUGUGUGCAGCAAUGCCCCGACUCCAGAGCAGUGAUCUUCCCCCCGCCGGCUGUGGUGACAGUCCUGGGCCCCAUACUCAGCUCUUUUCCUCAGGAGAGCAUUGUGGGAUCGUCAGGCCCAGUCUGGUUGGGGCGUUCCUUCAGUUCCCGAAGCUCCCAGGGCUAUGGGAGCUCCUUGGGCUAUGGGAGGUCACGGAGUUAUGGGGGUUCUUUUGGUUUGGGGGGCUAUGGGAGCUCCCUGGGCUUGGGAGGUUCCUCUGGCUAUGGGAGCUCCCUGGGCUUGGGGGGUUCCUCUGGCUACAGGGGCUCCUGGGGCUAUGGGAGCUCCUUUGGUUUGGGAGGCUAUGGGAGCUCCCUGGGCUUGGGGGGUUCCUCUGGCUAUGGGGGCUCCCGGGGCUAUGGGAGCUCCUUUGGUUUGGGGGGCUAUGGGGGCUCACUUGGGUAUGGCCAUUCCCUAGGUUAUGGAGAUGACAUGGGCUACGGGGGCUCCCUGGGCUAUGGGGGCCAACGUGGGUCCAUCGGCUUUGUCAAUUGCGGGAGGUCCUACAGCUCUGGCUUCUCCUCGUGUGGCACGGGGUACUACCUCCCUGGUGCCCAGAGGUGGGGCAGGUCCCGCCGUGGGAGCUGCGGGGCUUUCUAA